AAAGGCUGUGCUUCUCCACAGGAGACCAAAGAUCCAAAGGAGACACUACAGCAAUGCUCAGCUAAGCUGUCCAAAGCAAUGUCAGCUAACGUUAGUGAUGUAGCUAAUGCAUUGUUUUCUGAUGACCUGAUAACACAAGGGACUAAAGACUAUGUAGUGACAGCAGAUGGUGUUUCUGCUUCUACUAAAGCCAAUAGAUUAAUGACUGAUGUCAUGGGUCAGUUAGAAGCUUUUGAUGAUGAAAGACAGUAUUUAGUUAAAGUGUGUCAUGUAUUGACUCAACAAGGUGCAGCUGUGAAACAGAUAGGAAACAUUAUGCUUAAAGAACUAGGAGAAGACACUGCUACUGUCCAUCCUCCUCCUCCUCAAAGUGGAGCUAGUGUUGCUAGUGAAGCUGCUACACCAAACACUCCUCCUUCUAAUGAUGAGUCAACUUCUCCUGCUACAAAACAGAGUACUCCUCCACAAAGAAGUGUAUCUGAGACUGGAAGCACUGGCUCUCCACAGGAAGCAAGAAGUCCUAGUAUGUUGUUCACUCAUUAGCCAUGUCUAAAUUCAUUUGAAAGUAUUGUUUUGUGAAGAAUAUGUACAUGUACAUGUA